AGCCAAAAAGGGAAAUAACCUUCAGCACAUGUAGAUACCUAUAUGUAUAUACAGUACAGAUAGAGUACAGAGAGUUGCUGCUUGAUAGAUGGCUAGUCCAGUUAAUUACGAGUUUGUAGACAAAGUACCGGAAGAUCAUCAGUGCACUAUUUGCACUAACAUUCUAACAGACCCAGUACUGACUGAAUGUUGUGGGCAAGGUUUUUGUGAUAGCUGUCUAAAAAAAAAAUACAGCGGAGGCGGAAGACAUGCCCAUAUUGUCAAGAGAUAAACUUUGUUUCUAUUAAAGAUAAGCGAAUAAAACGAGCCAUUGACAGCUUGAAGAUCUAUUGUCCUAAUCGCUCCAAGGGAUGUGACAAAAUCACUACACUGAGUGAAUGCAAUCAACAUCUCGAGAAAUGCUUGUUUGUGGAGGUAUCAUGCACUAAGAAAUGUGGAGAAAAAAUGCUACGAAAAGAGCUUCAAGAUCACGAGGACAACAAGUGCCCAAACCGUCUGGUACAAUGUCAGUAUUGCAACACAGAGGGGAUGCACAAAGAAAUAACAGCUGAAUAUCAUUUAGACAAAUGUUCAUUUUUUCCGAUUUCUUGCCCCAACAAUUGUGGGCAUGAGAAAAUACAGCGCAUGAACUUAGCAGAUCACCAGGAGGUGUGCCCUCUUGAGCCAGUAAAGUGUCCCUUCUUUGAAGCUGGGUGUACGGAAAUGAUCGCACGAAAAGAUUUGGCAGAACAUCAAGCAUCAAACACAGAGCACCACCUGGAGUUAUUGAUGACACAAACUGUUACACUUAAACAGAACGCUAACAAAUCUGAGCAGAAAGCGAACAAAUUUGAGCAGCAAGCGACACAAUUUUCACAAGAGGUUAAAACUACCAAAGAUCAGCUACAGCAACUCUCACUCAAGUAUGAUGGCCUAGUAUCUUAUGUAACUAAGCAACUAGGCACCAUUGAUUCUGACCCUCAAAAUACGCAAACAGCUAUUAAGAACAUCAAAAGCUUUACAGCCACAAUGCUAGCACCAGGUGACACACGAUACCUACCACUAGUUCAAGAGUCAUGGUGUAGAGCUCGAUCAGCUUCGUUCUACAUUGAGCCUGGCUAUAAACUGUGCGUCGACAUCGAUUGUGGAGAUAAUUGCACUGUAUACUUGGAGAAAGGUGAACACGAUCACAAACUAGAGUGGCCCAUGCCUGAAAUGGAGAUUGAACUCAGUACUAGAGAGAAUAUAAUACUGCAUAGAGCAACACUCUGCACCAGAUGUGGCCUCACAGUGAACCGACUAGAGGGGGACAGAACAGAGCAAGAUAUCAACAAAAACCCACACCAGCAUUUGAUUGGACCUAAUGGGUUUCUAAGAAAAAUUGUAUUCCUGGCAGUCAAAAAACACGUUUGUACGAAACGAAACUUAGACUAGUAGUAUGAUGAUGAUGAGAGACUUUUCAUCCAACAAUUAUCUAAGCUAUACAUUGUAUAACGGUAUGUACACAUUACCACCACACUCCUGUAUGCAGCACUAUAUGAUUGAACCUUGAUACGUACCACAUA